GGUAAUAAAGCGGUGGGCACACUCUUUAAUCUAUCCCAGCAAAAGCACUCAAAUUUGAAUUGUGUAAAUAUCCUCAGAAGUUAAGCAAAAUGUAUGUGAUUUCAACCUCUAAAAAGACCGUGCUCUCCGAUUUCGCGGAUCUGGAGACAAAGUCUGAGUAUGUGCACCAGAGUGCAGAGCCGACAGACUUUCAAUUCAACGGCCAGCGCCGGGUCUUCGUUGAGGUGGAUAAAAUGGCGGGAUUGGCUGUGAUGCGGAUAAAGGAGAGGGAUGGCAAGACGCCUGAGAUUCAACGAGUCCGUAAACUCACCAUCGACAAUGCCUUCUGUGUGGCGUGUGCCAAGCAAUCCCUGGAGGAGAUUGCUGUGGGCCAGAGCGGUUGUGUUAAGCUAUACAACUUCCGGACGGCACAGCUCAUCCAUCGGUUUCCGGCGGAUCCGCAAAGAAGCACUGUCCUCUACAUGGACUACAACAAUACGGACGAGUAUAUAGCCGCCGUUCGCGAUGUCGGGGACAUCAGUAUCUUGGGCACCAAGACCAAACAGAAGACCAACACCUUUACAAUAGAUGGCGACUCAACCCUUGUGCGCUUUCAUCCGAGCAAACGCUUCCACCUGUCGAUCGCUUCCUAUAAAGGGGCCGUGACCGUCUAUGAUGUGCAGGGAAUGCGGAAGAUCUUCCAUGCCAGCGAAGCGCACAGUGCUCCCUGUCGGGACAUCAGUAUGUGCGCAUCCCAGCCGGCGCUGCUGGUUAGCGUGGGCUACGAUUGCAAGAUAAACAUCUUCGACAUUAGACGAUAUCGUGGUCAGGCGUCCACGGAUCGCCUGACGAACUUGCAUCCGCUAUCCACAGUGGCGCUGAGUGAAUGUGGGACUUACCUUUGUGCUGGUAACCUUAAGGGCGAAUUGAUUGCCUAUGAUAUGAGGAGUACGAAGGCUCCGUUGGCCGUGAGGAGUGUACACGAUGCGCUUGUGACACGUGUAGCCUUCGUGCCUGUGCCAAGUGGGGAUAGCCAGCAGAACGGUAGCCUCAACAACUCCGGAAAUGCCACUGGAUUGGUGACCGAAGCUCCUCGUGUCGAGCGUGUUCCUAGCGACGAGUUGCGUAAAUCAAUUGCAGCUAAUUUUUUGAGCUCCCAGCAACAGCUUAACAGUCUUGCUCACGGCGUACGUCGGGAUUCCUUUUGCGAGUUUUUGGAUGCCCAAGGUCCGAGAGCUGUAGAUCGUAUGUCCACGCGCUUGGGCACCUCUUACAGAGACAGCUUUGACUGGGAGGCGCUUAACCGGAAACCGCAUCCUAAUGAAACUGCCAACCGUCAAAGUCUUUGUCCGCCAGUUGGGUCUGGGCCCAGCUCGGUGGAAAACUCUGUCAACAGCUCCACCCCGGAGUCACUGCAACAGACCUUAAGCGGCCCACUAAAGGAUCGGAGCAACAUUUCCGGAGAGGGAAAGUUGAUGAAAAUCACCGAGACGGAUGAGCUCUGCGAGGAGCAGUCUGCCAACAUUUCCGUGGCCAGCAGUACAGGAGGAGGCAGUGACAAAGAGAAUCCCCCGCCGGUGGACGCCGAAUUGAGACGCCGUCUGCGCUUGCUUUCAGCCAGUCGAAACAGUACCCCGCACCAUGCUAACAUCACACCACAAUCGUCAAAUCCUCUGUUAAAGCCUCAGCAGUUGCUGGCGAAAUCGUCAAGCGGACUAUCCGCCCAGAUGGAUGCAGAUUGGCGCAAGGAAUUCACCGAGCUUAGAGAUUUUGUAGACCAGCGCUGUGAGAGGGUGGAGCGCGAACUGGAGUAUAUUGGCUUCUCCAAUCAGCGGCAACUGGCUAAUGAGAUGACGAACUACAUGAAGCAGCAGGUGGAAAACACAAAAGAGAUCCGAGACGCCUUGGCUUUACUACUCCAAGGAGAUAGCUUCAUGCGCGAGUUCUCGCGCCUUCAAAAUGAAAAUGAAAUGUUGAGGGCUAAGUUGAAAUUCUACCAGGAGCAGGAACAAACUGAAUCAUGCGGAGAAUAAAGUACGCGGGAGACAUGUUCAAAAUUU